GAAGGAAUAUACUACAAUAAAAACUAAAGAAAUGGAAGAGCAAGUUGAAAUUAAAAGGUUACGCACAGAAAAUAGACUUUUAAAACAGCGCAUUGAAACAUUAGAAAAAGAAAGUGCUUCCUUGGCAGAUAGAUUGAUACAGGGACAAGUGACAAGAGCCCAGGAGGCUGAGGAAAACUACCUCAUAAAACGGGAGUUGGCCACCAUCAAACAGCAGAGUGAUGAGGCCAGUGCUAAGCUGGAGCAAGCUGAAAAUACCAUCAGGAAGCUCCAGCACCAACAACAAUGGCAUAAAUGCAGUUCCAACUACAACGAAGAUUUUGUGCUACAGCUAGAGAAGGAACUGGUCCAAGCCCGACUGAGUGAAGCUGAGUCUCAGUGCGCCCUAAAGGAGAUGCAAGAUAAACUUCUGGAUAUAGAGAAGAGGAACAACUCCCUUCCUGAUGAGAAUAACAUCGCAAGUCUUCAGGAAGAACUAAUCGCUGUGAAACUGAGAGAAGCAGAAGCUAUUAUGGGUUUGAAAGAACUUAGACAGCAAGUCAAGGAUUUAGAGGAACACUGGCAGCGCCACUUAGCUCGUACUACUGGGAGAUGGAAAGAUCCAACUAAGAAAAAUACUGUGAAUGAAUUACAAGAUGAAUUGAUGACCAUUCGACUUAGAGAAGCUGAAACACAGGCAGAAAUAAGAGAAAUAAAGCAAAGGAUGAUGGAAAUGGAAACACAGAACCAGAUCAAUAGUAACCAUCUUCGAAGAGCAGAACAAGAGGUAAUCAGUCUACAGGGGAAGGUGCAGUAUCUUUCUGCACAGAACAAAGGACUGCUUACUCAAUUAAGUGAAGCAAAGCGCAAACAAGCAGAGAUUGAAUGCAAGAACAAAGAAGAAGUGAUGGCUGUGAGACUUCGGGAAGCAGAUAGCAUAGCUGCUCUGGCUGAAUUACAACAGCACAUUGCUGAGCUUGAAAUUCAGAAAGAAGAAGGAAAGCUUCAAGGACAGCUUAACAAGUCUGAUUCUAACCAGUACAUUAGGGAACUGAAAGAUCAGAUAGCAGAGCUGAAUCAUGAGCUCAGGUGCCUAAAAGGCCAGAGGAGCUUCUCAGGCCAACCUCCUUUUGAUGGAAUCCACAUUGUCAACCAUUUAAUAGGAGAUGAUGAAUCAUUCCAUUCCUCCGAUGAAGAUUUUAUAGAUAAUUCCUUACAGGAAAGUGGCGUUGGUUUUCCUUUGCACAGAAAAUCUGUCCCGAUGUCUUUGGACCCUACUGUGGCAGAUGGUAGUGAGAGUGAAACAGAAGACAGUGUGUUGGAGACCAGAGAGAGUGAUCGAGUAGUUCAAAAGGAGCAGCCCCCAAGAAGAAAAGCGUCGUACUCAACCACUGUCUGACCGUCACUGUGACCUAGGCUGUGGAUUUCUUUAAGGGAUCAGUUAUAUGAUUAGGGAUUUUUGAAAUAUAUCUGUUUCAUAUGUACAUAUAUAUAUAUAUUUUACAAUCCUAUCUGCCUUUUUAUCUUUGCCAAAUCUUCACCACUGACUUAACUGUUGCCAUAAAGUAGAUUGGAAUAUGGUUAAUGGGUAUAAUAAGGUUCUAACAGUAUUACUGAAUAUUAAUGUUUCUUGUUUAAAAACUGCAACCAUAUCUAAUAUGGGAGAACCAUUUUGAAGUUGAAAACUGUGGAAAGUUGAGUUUUCUUCAGACAAAACUGUUCUUGUGCAAUAUUUUAUGCUCAGUGAACAAAUUGUAUAUUUAUGUUUUCAAUUUAUUUUCAAGGUGGCUGUUAUUUGACUAAGAUGUACAUCGAUUACCUUGUGUUUUUGUGUUUUGGGGAUUUUUUUAAAUUAAAAUUACCAUUUUAUUAGUGGGCCACUGAAAGUUCCCAAAUACAAAGCCUUUUUUCUGUAUAAUUUUUAAACACAAAUUAAUGGCUGUUUUGAGAGUUUUAAGUUUUGUUUUCAUUUCUAAUUUUUAUGUACAUAUGAUGCUUCCAUUUGUUGGUUACUGGUCAGAGUAGUAGAUUAACUACCAGUAUAGUGUUUAUUUGUACAUAUUUAUAAAUCUGCAUUACCCAACACUGAACAUCGUUUUAUAUGAGGAACCGUACACGUUGCAAAAUGACUGUUUUCAGCAUUCUAACAGGACUUCUGUAAAUAAUAGGUUAAAGGAAAAUUGAAAAGUAAAACCAAACACUAAUAUUUCAAUAGUUUUAGUAUUUUGCUUAGCAUUCAACACUAGGAGAUUCAUAACUGAUGCCUGUUCAUAGACACUAUUGGUGAAAUCUUUUACUUUGUGUGUAUGUAACUAAUAAAUUUUUCAUGAUUAAAGAGGUUCUAGCACAUACUACUUAGUGCUAAUAUUCUACUUAAUAUAAUUUAAGCAAUGGGCCAAGGUCCAAAAUACAUAGAAAUUAUAUCUGCAAAUAAUCUAUGAACAUUAUCUUCAGAGUCUUUAAUCUAUAGAUAAAGCCAUAAGAAUCCUUUCCUACCAAUUCUCUCUUUUUUUUAUCAUUUAGAUUUUUUUUCCUAGAAAACCGAAUGCCUAUCAUUGGAGGGAAUACCCAAAUUACACUUAUACUAUGGAAAGACAACAGGAAUGUAUUGACUGGAUACUUUCCACUCUCAUUUUUGUUAGCAGCCUAUGAAAAAAAAUAGCCUUGGAGGGUAAGAGGAAAGUAGAAUUCAGUAUGUAUGGAGGUACAAUUUUGCACAGUAUGUUGCAUGCAGAGAAAAAAUUAUGAU